UUAAGCGUGGGAGGAAAUGUGAUCGCGACGCUGGUCGUCUUCGUUGCUGGGACUGAGUUCGCGGUGCCGCUGGUUGUUGUUGUUGUUUGUUCUUGGUAGUUGUUGUGUUUGUUGUGUGUCUGCGAGUCCUGUUGGUGUGCGUGCUAGUUGUGGCCCACCCGUGUUAGUGUUGGCACCCGUUGUGUGUGUGGUGGUGGUGGUGAAGCGCUGAAAGCGGCCCAGGUCGUGGUGGGGUUUUGUGUCUGUGUUUGUGUCUUCGCUCCGUGUACGCACUUGUGGUGGUGGUGGUGGCGGCGGCAGUGUUGUGGUGGCAGUGUUUGUCGUGAGCCUCUGCAGCAUCAUGCCGCUCUUCGGGAAGAAGAAGACGGAGAAGGGGAAAGAAGAGAAGCAGCGAGGGCCUGCGUACCCAACCCAGACGGCCAGUCCUUACCCUGUGCAGACAGCCUCUGCCCACCCUGCCCAGCAGCAGAUGCCCCCACCGAUGGCGUACGCUGGUAACGCGGCACCCCCGGGACUGUACUACCCGCCACCCUCGUACUCCAGCGUGAGCGCAGCUGCUCCACCACAAGCUUCCCCCAUGGGUUACGGGAAUCAUCCCGCCACUUCCGGUGGCCCCCCUCCGAUGUAUUCACCGUUUGCCGCUGCCCCAUAUGCUGCUUGCCAAUAUCAGCCGGUACCCGCUGCAGCGCAUGGCAACAGCACUGUCUUCGUGCCCAAUGCGUUUGAUGCUGGAGCCCGGUUUGGCAGUGGGUCCAUGCCCAAUGUUCCGCCCCCUCCCCCUGGCUACGCCCCCAAUGCUGCUCAGAUGGCGUCCAUGCAGGGCCAGACCGUGGUGAUGGGACAGAGGAAGAGCGACUGGUUGGAGGGAGGCUCCAGCGGGGGUGUCACCUUCUUUUAAUGCCACACGGGGGGGGGGGGGGGGGGGGGUGGCCUGCCCCGAGGGCUGCUCCAGUUGCAGCGAUUAUUUUUUUCAAGAAACAUGGCGACCAUAAAACAAUUCUCACUGAAAAGUAAAAAAGUUCUAACAGAUUGGCUGCAACUGUUGCUUUAACUAAACUCUCACACACAGGCACGUGGCCUUUGAUGGGGCAUUUUUGGACGUAAUUGCCCUUAAUUUUCAAAAUGAUACUAUGGUCUAGUAUUCCAUUCUUCCGCUUCGCAAAAGUUAUUAAGGUUAUUUUUUUAAAUACUGUACUGGGUAUGCACAUUUAUAUUGUACUGGACUAGUUUUUAUAAUGUCACUAAUUAUGAUUAUUAUCUUUUGGUGGCUCUUACUGUAUAAAGUUGUUUUUGAUGUUGGUGGGUAUUGGGGGGAGUUUAAAUAUUUGUUCCUGAUGAAGUUUAUUUAUAGUACUCUUAAAUAAUGCAAAAUGUGAUUUUUCUCGUCAUUGAGCAUAAUAAAACAUUACUCUAAAAAAAA